ACCACAAAGAAGUUGAAAACAAAAUCCGAGCAGCUGUUCCAACAUUCAACUUGGUCACACUGCUCGGGAACGCUGCAGAACCCAACACUGGUCGCGCGGCAACACGUGCGCCUUUUGGUUAGUAAACAGCAUGGGCUCGGGCAAAGAAUGCAUAGCCUGGCUGACGGACGAGGCAACCCCGUAUCCGGAACGGGUCGAGUUUGGCCUGAAUGUGUGGCAAUCUGUGGAUUAUACGUAUCCGAACAAAUACGAAGUGUUCAUAGAAUGGCUGGCCAAGUCCCUGCCCGGCAACGAGCUGCCGGUGGUCCAACUGAUGCGACUGUUCCAGCUGCGUGCGCAGCCGGGCAUGGUCAGCCAGGACUGCAAGGCCUCGUUGAUCCAGGCGCUGUUGAACACCAUUGAUCCCGCCAAAUGUCAGGACAACACUGCCCUCAAGCUGCUGCAAAACAUGUUCAACUUUGAUCUGCUCCAGGAUGUACUGCGAGCUGACUUCCCACUAAUCUGCCGCUGCUAUGGCGUACUCUUCGACUGCCAGCAAAGGUGCCUGAAGCUAAGAACCGAAGCACAGGCAGAGGAGGAUCUGCAGACGGACGCGGAAAUCGUUGUGGCCAUGAUCAAACAGCUGGCCGAGAUUGCUCGCCGUUCCCAGAAGGUCCGCAAGCUCCGAACCUGCUACGAUGAGCUGACAGUGCGUCCGCUGGUAGAGCUGAUCCUCAACCUGAAGUCCUCGUGCAUCGAGGAGAUGGCUGGCCUGGAAAAGCAGCUGCAAGGCGAGUUCAUCCUACCGCGCAUCUCCGGCCAGCCCCUGCACGUGGUGCUGCUGCUCCUCGAGUGCAGCGUGCUGAAUAACCGCUACAACACGGACACUCUGUCCCAACUCCUUAGGAUGGUAUUCGAAGAGAAAGCUGCCGCCGGGCCGCAGCACAGCCUGACCCUGGCCGCCCACUUGCUGGAGACUCUGCGCAAGUACGACGUAUCCCUGCAAUUUCCAAUGGCAGAGGAGCAGCUGAAUGACGACGAGCCAGACACAAAUCCCAAUCCAGAGGCGUCCUCCGAUGAGGAGAGUGAUUCGAUGGAUGUACCAGAGACAAAGGCAAAGAAGAAGGCUAAGCCAAAGGCAAAGAAAGGGACGGGGACGGACGAAAAUGUUAAGCAAGCGAGUGCCUUUGUGUAUGUAUCGGAGCAACUGCAGCAGCUGGUCAAGACACACAAGCAGCACCAUCUGCGGCCAGUGCUGAUGGUGCUGUGCUCUGCACUGCGCCUGAAUCCUCUGCUGCUGGAGUCCAGCAGCUAUCAGAUCACCAUCUGGAUGAUGACAGCCCCCAAGAGGACCGCCGAGGAGGAGCAUCUGUAUUCCGCGUACCUGGUGCUGUUGCUGGACAUGUUUCGGCGCCUGAGUCGAUCCGAGCGCUUCAUUAUGAAUCUGCUCAAGUCGCUCAAGGAUUGGCUGGCCAAAUACCCGCUGCCAGUGACGGGGGCCCCCGGCAAGAGGAAGCGCGAGCAGGAGCCCGCGAAGAGCGAAGACCUCGACGCCGCGGAGAAGCGUUUCAUCAGCCUGAUCUUUGCAGAAUGCGUGCCAGUGCCAAGCGCGUCCGAGACCGAACGGCAGAACGAUGAGUUCAAGCAUUUGGCACACUUCUGGCCCAGCCAUUCGGCCGGUGCCGCCUUCUCGGCGCUGGUCGGCCUUCUCAAGGCGAAGCCCUCGAUGGUGAUCUGGAAGACGCUGCUGCACGCCCUGAUGGAGCUCCUGCAGGACGCUCCACCCACAGAGAUCCUGCCAGCGAACCAGGAGUUUGCCCGAGAGCUGAUCGUCGCCCUGCUCUGUCAGUAUCUGCAGGGCACCCGCCUCACCGAGCAUCUGCACCUGUACCUGGAUGAGGUGGACGAACAGAUGAACCGCACGGCCGAGUUGCUGGAGCGGUUUGGCCGCCUGCUGCUCAGCCAGGAGCACAACCGCCGCUCCAUGGACGCCUUUCUCGAGUGCCUGAAGUGGGCCAGCAGCUACGAGGUGCUCCUGUUCCACUAUUGGACGGACGCCAAGCCUAGGACCCACACCCACCGACGCCGCUGCUUCCUGCCGCCCGACCAGUGGCGGCUCAUCCAGCAGCGGGUCUUUAACUUCGGAAAGACCGCCUGUGGCCAGCGCCUGCAGCGCCUCGAGCAGCAGCUGGUCGAUAGCGGCUGGCUGGCGGAGGAGGCCCUGGCCGAUGUGGUCAGCAAGCAGCAGCUGCACAUGCUUACGCGGCAACAGAAGCAGCUGCGCAUCCAACAAAAGCUGAGCGACAUGGAUCGGGACACGCUCAUGGAGGAUGCCGAGUGCGUGGAGCUGCUUUGUCUACAGCAACUGAACGAUUAUGCUGCGACCGUGCGGACAGCCAAUGUCAAGGGUUCGCUGCUGGCCAAACUGAAGCUGGAAGAGCUGCCAGAGGAGGCCCAUCUGGUGGCCACCAUCCACAAGAAGGCGGCGCCCGGCAAGGAGUUGCAGCUGCCCCCCGCCCAGGAGCUGAUUGAGUUUCUGCAAAGGCAGCAUCACAACGAGCUGCCCGGCAAGAUUAAGUUCCGUCUCUGGCUGACGUUGCUCGCCCUCCACCAUGAUCUGAGUCGCAGCGACCAGCAAGAGCAGGCCAAGGAUGUGCUGGAGCUGCUAAUAGAUCUGAUGCACUUUGGUCAGCCGCUGGCCAUCUGCAGCCACUUUGAAAAGCUGAGGGAGCUGCUGUCCUUGGUGCCCACCACCUCGGCGACUAGUUGGAAGUUCUACGAGACGCUCUUCUCUCGCUGCAUCCGCCUUCAUGCAGCUGGCAGCGAAGCCUUCCUUGCCAGCUGCUCGCAGUAUAUCAAGGAGGAGCUGAACGGCACCAUGAAGCUGCCCGCGGAGGCAUUACGUUUCCUGCUGCUGGCCAUUGAAACCACGGCGGCCGCCACAGGACCCCAUGCCAAGCAUAUGCAGCGACAAGUGCAGCCGCUGCUCGAUAUCUUUGGCCAGAUUGUGGCGCACAAGUUCCGACCGACAAAGAAGAAGGAAACGUCCGACUACAAGUUGUUUGUGGAUGAAACCAUCAAGAGCUACGGCACCUAUUUAAGUGGCUGCAUCAAUCGGUCAGACAAGCUGAAGAGGGCACCUGCAUCUGCACCCCCACCCGCAUCCGAGGACGCCCAGUCAGCCGAGACGGCGGAGGCGGCGCAGGAGCUGGAAACCAUAAAUGAGGACUUUCGUCGCAUCUGCAAGAUCUACAUUGGACACUCGCUGAACUACAAGAAUCCCCAUGCCCUGAGGCUGCUGAAUGUGGCCAUCUCGCAUCGCCAGAAGCUGCACUUUGAUCCAGACGAAGUCGAAUUCGUGCUGAGCAGCUAUUGGAAGCAGCUCUACUCGGAUAUAGCUGCCGGCGAUAUUGCAGCGCUGGAUGUCAACUGCCUGGAGCUGGCCUUUCCGCUGAUCAUUGGCUACAAGACCAAGGAGGAUCUGUUGGUUCUGCUGCGCACGCUCACCUCGGAGGUGCAGGGUUUGCCCUCGCCCCUAAGCCCGGCCCACCGGAUCGAGCUGCAGAAUGUCCUAACCAUACUGUCCUUCGUCGCCAAGUGCUCUGUGAGCACCAUCAAGGGAGCGAUGAUCAACAAACAUUUCGAGAUUGUCAGCACCAACGUGGCCGGCCGCCUGAAGGACAACGCCCACAACAGUAAGUGCCUCGCCCUCGUCCUGCUGGAGGCUCAGCGCCACUUGGCCAACAACCGAACAGUGCCGCUGACAAACGAGUCCCUCGAGUACCUGUUCGGCACCAUGAGUGUGGUGGCCAUCGAUCAAUUCAUCGACCGCGGCGGCAACUGGGCCGACUUUAGCCAGCUCUAUGCGGCGCUCACCGACAACUGUGUGGGGCUGCUGCGGCAGCAUUCGAACCUGGUGUCCGAUCGGGCUGGCCAGCUGUCCGCUGUCUGUGAGACUCUGAUAAAGGCCAUUGUCGGCUAUCGGUCCGGCCGACAGCGGGCCCAGGACCUCACUGAGACGGAGCUGGACGGACUCGCCGAGCUGGGCCUCAAGCUGGCCACGGUGAUGGCCAACAUUGGGGCCACCCAGUCGCUGCCCUUGAAGCGAGUCGCUCCGUUCCUCCUGACAUUCACCAUCAACCAGAUGGUGGAAACGGAGCGCCCAACCACCAUCUUUGAAAAGGUCAAAGUGAACAUGGAGCGCGUGUGCCACGAACUGAUUGGCAUAAGCGACCACCGGUCGGGACAGUUCGUCCUGCGGCACAACACCACAGCGGGGUCGAACAUGUACAGCAGGCUGCUCAAGGAUCACGACAAGUAUCACAAGUUCCGUGGCAAGGUGUAAGGAGUGAGGCAGGGGGAACGAAAUCCUCAUAUCUUUUUGUUACUCCACAAAAUACAUUUAUCUCUACAUUAGCACAUGUACAUAAAUUAAUAAAGAAGCCAACAAACACAGACACAAGAGACACA